CAAAAAUAUCCAACCUGAAGCGAAACGUCAUUGCAUGCUGUUCAGACUGAUCAGUCUCUCACAGGACCGAUUCACCCUGACCGACGCAAGUACUGGAGAGGAAGUUUGGGGGCAAGACGGUGUUUGAUUGAAGUUUUUUUUAGAUUUUUUUGAAAUCACAUAUAUAACUCACAAGCAAAACGAACAAAAAAUCAAUAUGCAGCGAAGGUGCUCUAUGCCAGCAGCUAGCCAUUAUUUAUCGAGAGAAGCUUGUCAGAAACAACCCAGACCAACCAUGAUUGAUGGCGAUAAAAUUGGAAACGAUGAGGAUCGCAGGAUUACAACGGAACUCAACGAUUAUGGCAAUGAAGAGAGUUCAGUGAUUUCAACAGACACAGCUAAUAAUCGUGAGGCAAGGAAUAAACUAUAUGUUAAUUCCGAUAUAUCAUCGCAAUCAUUUUAUUCCCUUCAUGGCAUCAAACUGAUCCCCGAGGGGGGAUGGGGUUGGGCAGUAUGCGCCUCUGGUUUCAUUGUCCAGUUUAUUGUUCUUGGUAUCAAUAAUUCUUUUGGAAUUCUAUUCGCCUUUCUGCUGAAUGAGUUUGGAAAGAGCAAAGGCGCCACUGCAUGGGUUGGCUCUGCGGCUGUUGGAAUCCUUUACCUGUUUGGACCAAUCACAUGCGGCCUCAACGAAAGAAUUGGGUUUCGUACCAUAGCCUUUAUUGGGGGCAUACUUUGCGGGCUUGGGAUGCUUCUUACGUCGUUCGUGACAGACUUCUAUAAGAUCUAUGUGACAUAUAGCUUACUAUGGGGUAUUGGAUCCAGCCUUUGUUACUUUUCGACGGUUACGGUACCAGGAGAGUAUUUCUGUCGAAGGCUAUCUUUGGCCAAUGGUAUCAUUACUGCGGGGAGCGGCUUUGGAACCCUAACAUUCGGCCCACUUCUGCAGUUCCUCCUCAAGAAAUAUGGUCUGACAACAACACUCCGCAUUCUAUCCGCCAUUAUGAGUCUUUUAGCCCUUGCUUCCUUGACCUUCAAACGAUUUAGUUCUCCACUCGAGCAGAUGUAUAACACGCAGAGGACACCGACACCAUUUUCUGACAUGAAAAUUUGGAAAAACAAAGCGUUUGUUUUGUAUACUGCAGCAGUAUCGCUGUUUAUGCUGGGAUAUUUUAUUCCAUAUGUACACGUGGUAAGUCUUGUCGCCGAUGUUGGAAUAUCAGAAUCAAAUGGCGUGAUGCUUAUUGGGUACAUGUCCAUCUCUUCAACUGUAAGCCGUGUCAUCUUCGGGAGGCUCUCAGACUACCCUCAGGUCAAUAGAUUAUAUAUGACUCAAUUUGCCAUUGUUGGAUUUGGAGCUAUGACACUACUUUGUCCGAUCGUGAAGACGUAUAAAGCCUUUGUGACAGUUAUGGUCAUGCUGGGUAUAUUCGAGGGCAUGUAUGUGGUAUUGAUUGCUGUCGUUAUAACUGAUAUUGUUGGUGUUCAUAAGCUGAAUCAAGCCCUGGGAAAUUUGUAUGGAAUUAUAUCAUUUGCCAUUACUGCAGGACCACCAUUCGCAGGAUUUUUGUACGAUGCCUUGCUGUCAUACAACAUAGCGUUCUAUAUUUGUGGAGUCACGACUAUCUUCUCAUCUCUUCUCUUGUUUCUCGUUCCCUGGCUUAUACGCAAAGACAGUGGUAGGAGAUUUGAAAGAGACUCCAUAGACAGCCGAAUAGACUCUAUUUUCUCGCGAAGCAUGAGUGGAUUUAUAGGCAUCAACAGCAACAUGGAUAGAAGUAUAGUUUAUGAAACACCUCCAAAUAAAAGUGGCUCACGCACAUGCGAACGUAAGCCUAAAAAAAGGAAAAGACGUCGAGAUCUCUCAACAACAAAAGCUGAAGACAACGCCUAUGUAUUUAGUGGAYCUCCUCUCAGAAAACGUAGUUUCACUUCAGACAUUAAAGAAACCUACGAAAAGGGAAGUUUGUUCACAAGAAGAAGGCCAGCGAGCAGGCAGCGUAGCAUCAGUUUACCGUCAGACAAAGAAGAUGAAUACAGCAAACUACCUUAUAGUAUUAGUUUCGCAUCAAACUGGACUACAAGCAGCAGUCCUAUAAGCAGGCAACGGAGUAUUAGCUUUCCUUCAGACAAAGACGAUGAAGAUAUCCUAGUAUUUACAAGCAGACUGAGACACGCAAGAGGACGUAGUGUUGUGUCAGACAGGGACGAAAGCGAUAAAGAAGAAGACUCAGUGUUCACGUGCGGAACGCCCACAAGCAGGCAACGUAGCGUCAGUUUUCCGUCAGACAAAGACGAUGAAGACAUUACGUUCACAAGCAGUCGGAGGUCUGCAAGAAAACGUAGUGUUAGCUUCGUGUCAGACAGGGACGAAAGAGAGAAAGAAGACGACUCAGUGUUCAAGUGCAAAAUGCCCACACGCAGGCAACGUAGCGUCAGCUUCCCGUCAGAAAAUGACGAUGAUGACAGCUUAUUUACAAGACGGCGUAGUGUCAGCUUUCCUUCAGAAAGGGACGUAAUCGAUGAAGAAGACAAUCUGUUUUCAAGCAGUAGUCCCACUAACAGACUUAACGAAUACAUUUAUGAUCCAACCUACGAAUACGACUUGWGUGAUGUCUUCGCUCAAAGUCAUUCAAGUACAAGCAGUGGCUGUGUGCUCUCGAACUCUCUCAACACUUCAAAAAAUACUAGCUUCAACUCGACAAUGUCAUUCCAAGGGUCCAAAACAAAGUUGCUACUCUCACAGUUUGGAAAUAAUGCUUCUGCAUAUCGUUCUGCAGAGUCAUUCAAGUCUUCUUCAUCACAACAGCAAAAAAUCACACGACUCGCAAUACCACUAUUUCGUCGUAAAAAAGAGAUAAAGGUCAUGGAAACUGUGGUGUAAAAUCGGAAAAGACUUGAAAAAGUAAAGCGUUGCUGUACUCACGUGUUACGCGAGAUCACAUGUAUAUAAUUUCAAAAACUGAUUGUUUAGUUGCCAAAAAUAUGUGAAAUGUGUGUAUCAAUAUAGUAUUAAUAUCUGUAAUCAUACUCUACCUGCAUUUUUAAUUCAACAAAUUUUCUUCACUCUCAUUGGUAGAGAGUCGACCACGUGAUGCAAUAGUGCACAUUAUGUCCGCCGCUUCAGAAAAUUUUCUUCUUGAAUAAUAAAAACAAGAGCAGUUAAUGAAAUUUAUUUUGUCAGCGUAAAAUGAGAUGCUUUGCUAUUCAAUUUUUUCUAGUGGUUAACGAUUUGAUUUUAUCU